UCUAUUGGUGGAGGAAGUGGACAACCUCCCGGAUGCACUUUAGUCAUUUCGCCCGACAGCGUCCCCACCGUUUAACAGAAAGAACUCCCGAAUAAAAUACAUUUUACUUUCGUUUUGGCUCGCGGGGCAGUUUUAUUUGACGAACAAUACUUUUCUAUAACGUUACAGAGACCAACUGAAGGUAAAACCAUGAAGGCACUUGUCUGCGCAGUCCUCGUCGGUCUGCUCUGUCUCCCUCAUUCAACAGCCAAAGAAUCGCCGCCCAAGGUUCAGGUGUACAGCCGGGGACCGGGACACUUUGAUAAAGACAACACCCUCAUCUGUCACGUGAGCGGCUUCCACCCACCAGAGAUCACCAUUGAACUGCUCAAGAACGAACAGGAGCUGCCAGGAGCCAAGCAGACCGACCUGGCCUUCGAGGAGAACUGGCACUACCACCUAACCAAACACGCGCCCUUUACCCCAAGACAAGCAGACAAGUUUGCCUGCAGAGUGACUCACAUGGGGAGGACCACCACAUACAGCUGGGAGUCAGAUAUGUAAGCUCUACGCUCCGCCUUGCUCCAGGUGUGUACCCAUAUUCAUUCUAAAUAUCAUUUUUAAGUUCGGUAAACAAGUCAUUUGUGCAUUCCUAUUUCUGAGUGACACUGUUUUUAAUCCUUUGUUUGAUAACCACAGGUCUGGAAAAUGAAGAUUGACAAUGAUUAUGUGUAAUCUUGGGUUUUAUUGUGAAAGUUUGAGCAUCAUGAAAAUGUCAGAAACAAUUGCACUUAUCUGUAUGUUUUUAUACCAGAAAUAGCAAAUGGCAGUAAAGCUUCAUUAAGUAGUAGUUGACCACUAGAUGUGCCCGUUAGUGUGUAGCCAGACAGGAACAGAUCAAUAAAUAAGGUGUAGGGUAAGUGAUCACAAAGAUAAAAAUACAAUAGUACCCGUCCAUUUGAUUUAUUUCUCCAAAAUAAUGUGCAUGAACAAAAUAUGGAAUCAGUUUUUAGUUGAGUUGAAUGAUGGAUGUUGGCAUCUGCUGUCAGACACAAGGCGUAAUGUCCAGUCAGCUUUGAGCCCACAAAAACAAAGUAACAACAAACUUUACCAUUAUACUGCUUAAUGGAGCUUUAAGGAAGCCAUUAAUGAUUGGAGAUGUCAGUGUUUGCAUUCUGUGUUUUUAAUGCUUAAUCUGUAAAGGCUAAAAUACUUAACUCGUCUUAAUAAUUUGAAUAUACAAGAAAUUGCUUUUUAAUUAUCUUGUGCACCAUUUUAUCUUAUGAAAUAUUAAGCUUAUUAUUUUCCACUUCAUUAUGCAGAAUGCUUGUUUAUGUAGAUCUCAGUUGAAUGUCUGUAAUUGUAUCGUAUACAGAUAUGGUUGGGUAAUAAAAGUGUUUACCACGCUU